AUGUUCGCGCCCGUAACCAGGAGUACUCUCAAGAAGGAGAGAAAACUAGAGAAGCAAGGCGAGAUAUGGGAACUACAAGAGUAUCGCCGCUACAAGACCUAUCAGUUUUACGAAGACUCCAGCACGUACCAUGGAAGAUGUCCCGAGUUCCUCCAAACAGAACUUCGGCUCCGCGAAAUCGCACAGAGAGAGAUAUUCUUGGAGGAAGAGAUCGAGCGAACUGGAGUGGCCGAGAGCAAACUAGAAGCAACACAAGAAGAGAUACAAAAUCUCAAACAGGAAUACUUUCUUGCCGAACAGAAGAACAAUCGAUGGCGCGCAGACAUUGCCUGCGGGUCGAUGCGAAGAGGACUUGACCUGUGGCGAUCCCACCCGCAGUGGUAUCUCCAUAAAACACUCUCCGACGAUUGUGCUGACCGAGGUGGGUGCUGCGGCCGUGCGUGUGGAUGCUGUCGGGAUCGCAAGCUCAGGCCGGAACGCCAGUCGGGAGCUGGCCAUUGUACGGUUGAAUGUGGAUGUUGCCAGCAGUUUCGCGGCUUCGCGCUGACUGAUGAAGCGAAAGAAACUAUGAAGAAGCUAUAUCCACUCGAUCCGAAAAAAAACUUCUCAUACUGCCUAAAGAUAUAUCGUGCCUCCAUCUUUGGUCUCGAUGGUGACUCCACGAAGAGUCCAUUUGAUCUAAUCGACAAACCACCGGGGUAUGAGCAGGAUAACUAG